AUGUCUAACAGCAAAGAAAAUUCUGACAUUUUAAUUAAAGAACUUAACAUUAACAGUGAGUUUAGUUCAUUAGUAGAACUUGAAAACUCUAUUAAAGCAUAUGAGAUAAAAAGUUUUUGCAAUUUUACAAAAUUCAGUUCAAGAACCAUUGAAGGAGCAAGAAAGAAGGGUUUAUUAAGAUAUAUAAACCCUGUCUUAGAAUACUCGGCUAUUGAUUACAUGUGUGUUCAAGGGGGGCAGUACAAAUCAAAAUCAAAAGGAAUACGACCACAACAAAGUUCUUACAGUUCAAAUUGUCCAGUAUUCCUGGCUAUAAGAGCUGAUAUAACAAGAGAAAAAUUGACAGUUAAAUCUUUUAUUAGUGAACAUAACCAUACUUGUAGUAAGCCCAUGUUUGAUCAUUACCCAAAACAAAGGAGACUGGACAAUGAUGCAAAAAUUAUGGCCACAAAAUUAAUUAACAUGAAAGUGAAUAAAAAAAUUUUACAGAAUGAUCUAAUGCAGACCCAUGACAAAAUAAUUACUUUGAAAGAAAUACAUAAUUUAGUUUUAACCAAAUCUCCAGCAACUGAUGCCCUGAAAAAUUUGAAAGUUGUCGAUUCGAAUGGGCAAAGUGAAAUUGUUGGAUUUUGUCUUCUUACAUCUGAAGACUCAGAAAAUGUUUCAAACAUGGCAUCUACUUUUCAAAAAUGGAAUCCAGCAUGGAAGAGUACAAAGUGUAUAAUGGCAGAUAAAGACUUUGUAGAAAGAAACGUGUUCAAAAAUAAAUUUACAGAUGCUCAUAUUUUAAUUUGUAUUUUCCACUGUUUAAGAUCAAUGUCUAGAGAAAUAACAACAGAAAAAAUGAAUAUUACAUCAGGUAAUAAAACCAACAAUAGGCUUGAAAGUAUUAAUCAAAAAAUAACACAGAUAGUAACUAAACAUUCAAGACUGGAUCAAUUAUUUCAAGGCCUAGAAAUGUUGAUGGUAACUCUUAGGACGGAAAGAGACCAUGUGGCCUAUGAAUGUUUUAGUAAAACUCCCAGUUUUUUUAACUAUUUAUCAAACAAUGAAAAAGAAAUUUAUCAACAUCUAACUCCUUAUGCUUUCAAUAAGGUUGUAAAAAAAUUCAGACUAAAAGAUAAUGUUCAGAUAAAAACGGUUAAUGAAAAUUUACAAAUAGUUACUAUUGAAUCUAGUGAAGGGAUUUUAAAUACUUCUAUAUGGAAAUGUAGUUGCUCGUUUGCUACGAAAUUUAGACAGGCUCAUAUAAAAGCCAAAAGAUUGGCUUCACUGACAUCAGAGGCUACAGGAAAAAAAUAUGAACAACGUUUAAAUUUAUUGAAACAUAUUGCUCAUUUAUGGGAAAAUGAUAAAAUUAUUACAACUGCGCAAAUAGAUGAAUUAAACAAGAUGGAUGAUUUACAAGAUGUAGAUGUAGCAGCGUGUGACUUCAAUAAUGCGGUAGAACAUGACUUACAAGAUACAUCAAAAGUUGAAGAAUGUAAAAUAGACGAUGUAAAAAGUAAAUAAAAUAAAUGUAUAUACUAAGAUUUAUUAUAAUAAAAUAUUUAUGAAGUUUAUAAAAAUAUAGUUGACGAAGUUGAUGAGUUGCGAGAUGAGUUGCCAACUCUUCCUUUAAGAGUACCAAAACGAGGACGCCCAAAGGGUAACUAUAAAAUUAAUGUUUGUUUUAUACUGAUUUAUUUAAUUAGAAAUUAUUAUAACUAUUGUGAAAUUCAGGAAAAGAUAAAACUGUGAUU